UUCGGCACGGACCCCAUCCCAGUGUUGCCCCUCCGUGUUGCUUUCUUGCUUCGAUUUACUCGAGUCGUUAGUGCCCCACGCCUCCGGCUGGGGAUCGCUUGCUUGCUUGGUGGCCAGCUGCGCUGGAGUCGAAAUGGAGACUGCAAUUGGCCAGCCGCCAGUCCCCUCUGCUAACUAAUCAUGCGCCUCCGCUUAAAUCGCCUCAGUCUAUGUGUGUGUCUAUGCUGCUUAUUAUUUAUCUCUUUUUCGGCCACCUGGCGACUUUUGGCUGCUGCGAUGGCAGUCAAUUAAACUUUUCUAUUAGCAAUUUUUGGCCAGCUUGAAAGGUCGUUAUUUAUAGGAAAUAGAGAAACUAUCGGGCAGAAACCUGUUCCCCGGCCUGAUGCAAAUCUGCAAAACCAAACACUUUUUAUUUAAACCCGUGGGGUAACUCGAUAGUGGGAUAUAGUAUUUUCGGAGGUAAUAUUCAGUCUGAAUGAAAAACGACCUUAGGUUCCGAGAAAUAAAAUGACUAGCAUUUUUCCAUCUGCACUACAAAUAUUUACCCUUAACUUUAGAAAGGUUUUACUUUUAUUGGAAGAAGUAACCAUCUGAUACUCGCAUACUAAGCUUUGUGAACAUAUUUGCUGAUUUACAAAGGUAUCUAAAAGCUCAAUAGUAUAAUCUUAGAAAAGUAUGAAUUGCGUAAAAUGUUGUCUUUUUAAGCAAAAUUUAUUGGGUAAGCAUUUUAUUUUCUGAAAUGUAGUUUGUUUUGUUGAGUGCAUAAGUAGUAAAUGUAGCUAAACUUUGAAGUCCCGAUUAAACUACUCAGUUAGGGGUAGGUUUUCAAAUGGGUAUUUCCGCUGACAGUUCCCGCCAAACUUAUGUAAUGAUAUGAUAGCUAGUGGAAUGGGGAGGAGCAGAUAGAUAAUUCGCCUGAUGCUGGGCGGGAUCAAGGUAGCUUUGACCCACUUAGCUUUGCACAUAGCCAGUAAACACAGUAAAUAUGGGGGCUUGCUAACUAGCGAGCAAAGUUCCGCAGAGUUCGCGGAUUUUAGCAGAUCUAAGGAGAUUUUAGCAGAUGUGUCGCCGUCGGCGUACGAACCCGUUCCGGGAUGGGUGGACAACCUGAACGGACCCACUGGCCUGAUGGUCGGCGCCGGCAAGGGCGUCAUUCGCUCCAUGCUGAUCGACACGCGCCACCUGUCCGAGGUGAUCCCGGUGGACUACGCCAUCAAUGGACUGUGCGUGAUCCCCUACCAGUUCGCCAAGAUGACGGAGCGGCCGGCGGAGGUGCCGGUGUACAACAUCACGUGCGCUGACCACCGCAAGAUGCAGUGGGGCGAGGUGAUCGAAAUGAGCAAGGAGAUCGGGUACCGCUACCCGAUGGAGGCAGGCCUCUGGUAUCCGGACGGAUGCAUCACCACCAAUAAGCUGCACCACAACAUCAACGUGUUGCUCUUCCACUGGCUGCCCGCCUACUUCAUCGACUUCAUCCUGCUGCUGCUGGGCCAGAAGCGAUUCAUGAUCCGCGUCCAGAACCGCAUCUCGGUGGGCCUCGAGGUGCUGCAGUUCUUCACGAUGCGCGCCUGGUUCUUUAAGUCGGACGCCUACUCCUCGCUCUGGGACAUGCUGAACGAGGCGGACAGGAAAAACUUUAAUAUGGACAUGGAUCCCGAGGAGACCGUCCCCAUGUACAUUGAGUCGUGUGUCCAGGGAGGGCGGCAGUACCUGAUGAAGGAGUCGCCCGACAGCCUGCCGCGUGCCCGGCUCCAGCUGAAGCUAAUGUACAUCUUGGACCGCGUGUGCAAGACGAUCAUCGUCGGAUCGCUGUGCUACUGGACCUACGGUUUGGUGGCACGUCUCCUGGGUGUCUGAGGUGACCCAGGGACCCGGUGGCCUGGUGAUCUGCUGAUCUGGCGACCCGGACCACUUCCAAUUCAUUUGCGCGCACUUCAAUCAAUCUCCGCUUAGGUUUGCUUUGGGGCACAACUCCGGGGCUCUCGACGAGAGGCCUCGGACCUGGUUUUCAUUUCUACUUUAAGUGAUUAUCUAUGUUUCAUGUGAAAAUAAAAUUCAGUGUACUGAGCUUA